AUGGGUACGAGCUUGAUCCUUUAUAUCCACCCUCCUUGGUUGACUGGAACAUACUCUCCAGCCAAAGGGCCACUGAUGAGCGCUCAGUCCAUCAUGCCUAGGAACUCUACCAACAUCCGCCGUGCUUUCUCUUCCACCGCUACCACCGCUAAAGCCCUGCUCGAGAUCAUCUGGGAGGGAACCAAAUCACAUCCAAAAUAUGAAGAUCUUCUUAAGGAAAAGAUGAAGAAGAACCGAAAGUUGGCUGGAGCUGACAAAGUCAAAUUUGCUGGAGAACCUCAUACAUCUGAUAAAGACAAAGAGCUGCGCGCUUCCGGUCAGAUUUUUCAGGGGCAGUCUCGUCUCACUUCUGUCCACGUCUAUGCGAACGGUUCUGUCGAAUAUUCCAAAGCAAGUUUCAACGGCGCGCAGGAAGCCAUGUCCCCGGUCUGGGCACUUAAACACCGCCCUUGGCCACUGUCAACGGCGGUCGCUCCCAAACUUCCAAUGAAUGAAGCCGUCGAAGAGGAACGUACGCCAUACUAUGACCCUGCGCGUUUUUAUCCCGCACGUUUGGGGAACGUUCUCAAGGGCCGGUAUCAACUCGCAACCAAACUCGGUUAUGGAAGUAGCUCAACUAUCUGGCUUGCUCGGGAUCUAAACCAAUGGCGCUGGUUAAGAGAGAAAUACGUUGCUCUCAAGAUCAAUUCCAGUGCUCAUCAUUCUCGAGAGAACGCUGCUCAAGCUGAACUUGACAUCCUAAGACAUGUCUCUGAUGCAAAUCCCCAGCACAAGGGUUGGGGAUUCAUCAGGCGUCCUCUCGAUUCAUUCAUUUUAGAGCAUGGGUUGGCGAGACAUCUCACUCUUGUCUUCGAGCCUUUGCGAGAACCACUGUGGAUAUACCGCAAAAGGUUUAUCGAUGAUGUGAUACCUUCAGACGUGCUGAAAAUAUUACUUCAAAUGGUGCUGCAUGGACUUGACUAUCUCCACUCUGAGUGUCAUGUUAUUCAUACCGAUUUGAAACCAGACAAUAUAAUGAUCAAAAUUGAGGAUCCGUCUAUUUUGGAGGAAUCUGCCAGAGACGAAUACGAACAUCCUCUGCCACAGAAGAGUUGCUCAGAUGGCCGCACAAUAUAUCUCUCUCGGAAUGACUUCGGCAUCUCCGAAAAGACCACAGGAAUUAUCCAGAUCACUGACUUCGAUUUAUCUGUCCGCGGGGAUAAGCCAAAUAGAGGGUGUAUCCAGGCGGAAAUAUAUCGAGCCCCAGAGGUUAUUCUGGAUGCAGGCUAUUCAUACAGUGCCGAUAUCUGGAGCUUAGGAGUCAUGUUAUGGGAUGUCCUUGAAGGCAAAAAGCUAUUCAAGGAAGUUGACCCCCUCCAAGUUCAAGGAUAUGAUGAGCUUAACCAUCUUGGCCAUAUCUCUGCAUUGUUAGGCCCUCCUCCAAAGGAGCUUUUAGACAAAGGAACAAGAACUGAUCUCUUUUACAAAUCUGAUGCACAAUUUAAAGGCACAACUAUUGCACCGUCGGACUUCAACUUUGAAAAUUCAAUACGCAACAUACAUAAUGAGGAUAAGAGGAUGUUCAUCGAGACGAAUAAUUGCUGCGAGAUUGUCUUCGAGAUCUUCGAGAACGGCUACAGCCAGUGCUGUCCCCAGACUGAUCCCUAG